AUGGCCCGUCCUCCCAAAGAUUCCUUCCAAAUCGGCUGGAUCUGUGCUCUUCCGAUCGAGGCCGCUGCGGCCGCUGAAAUGCUGGACGAAGAGUUUGGAAUCCUCGAUGAGCAAGAUGCAGCGGACCCAAAUACGUACACGUUGGGCCGAAUCGGCAGACACUACGUUGUGGUCGCCUGCCUCCCUGAAGGCCAGUAUGGAACUACUCCAGCUACUACGGUCGCAAAUAAUAUGAUUCGCACGUUCUCCAAGUCCCUUCGAAUCGGAUUGAUGGUCGGGAUUGGGGGCGGAAUCCCGUCGGCGGCUCGUAAUAUUCGCCUCGGCGAUGUUGUGAUUAGCUCCCCCCAAGGCACUUGUGGCGGGGUGAUUCAAUAUGAUAUGGGGAGGGUUAUUGCAGGUGGUGCAUUCGAACGAACCGGGUCGCUGAACAGUCCCCCGAGAGCACUAUUAACCGCAGUCAGCAAGAUGAAAGCUGCCGCGCUAAGGGAUGAUCCCCGCUACCCGGAAUAUCUUCAAAGUGCAAUCGGAAGAACCGCUCGAACUCGGAAAAGUUUUGGCCGUCCUGCUGCACAAUCUGAUCGACUAUUUCGGACAGAGUAUGAUCAUCCGGCCAAUGCAAGGGGCUGUGAUAGUUGUCCAGCAGAGUGGGAAGAGACGAGGCAUCAACGCGAGUAUAGUGAUCCACUGCCACACUAUGGCAUUAUUGCUUCGGGCAACAAUGUUAUCAAGCAUGGGCGGACAAGAGAGCAACUUCGGUUGGAGACUGGGGCGUUAUGUUUCGAAAUGGAGGCAGCUGGUCUGAUGUUGGACUUUCCCUGUGUCGUUAUCCGCGGAGUGUGUGAUUAUGCCGACUCGCACAAGAAUGAGCAAUGGCAGGGAUAUGCCGCCUUAGCAGCUGCAGCCUAUGCAAAAGAGCUACUGGGGUAUGUUCCCGUUGGGCAUGUAUCACAAGAGAGCCUGGUAGUAGAUGUAUGCAAUGACUUGAAGGCCGAAAUCAGAGGCACAAAUCAUCGCCUAGACCAAGUAUAUCAUCAACAAGCAGAACACUAUCGUGAGAAGAUUUUAUUUGUUUUGACGGACCAGCAAAACCGCUGUCACCAGACAUUCAAAACAUUAAAUUACGAGGAGCAAAAGAACAUCAAUCCCAGAAAAGCGGAAGGAACCUGUCUAUGGGCUCUGCGGAGCCCUGAAUACACCCGUUGGUCGGAGAGCAGCUGUAACGAUCUGCUCUGGGUCUCUGCGGACCCGGGCUGCGGGAAGUCUGUGCUUUCGCGAUCGAUAAUCGAGGACUGCUUGGAAGAUUCUUGUUUGGACGUGACUAUUUGUUACUUCUUCUUCAAAGAUAACAAUGAGCAAAACCGUCUUGAUAAAGCACUAUGCUCAGUACUACAUCAGCUGUUUAGCCAGCGACCUCAGCUCUUACGUCAUGCUAUGCCUUCUUGGGACAAGAAUGGGGAGAAGCUACAACAAGAAGUUGACGAAUUGUGGAGAAUUUUCAUAACCGCCGCAUCAUCAGACGAAUCAUGCAAAACAAUUUGCAUAUUUGACGCGCUGGACGAAUGCCGUGAGAUUGAUCAGAAUCGACUAAUUGAGAAGCUCCAGUCGUUUCAUUGCCUGCCAUGCCCGCCGAUACAGAAUACUUGGUUGAAAUUCCUAGUCACUAGUCGUCCCUAUGAUGAUAUCCAGAAUGGAUUCCGAACGAUCACGGACGCUUUUCUACACCUUCAUCUUAAAGGAGAGGAAGAAAAUGACCAAAUUCACAAAGAAAUUGAUACUGUUGUGAAGAUGCGAGUAAGAGAGCUCGCUGAAAGAGUGGCAAUAUUACAAGGCAUAGAGGAGCGACUUAAGCAGCAGCUUCUGCAAAUGGAGCACCGUACCUAUCUCUGGCUACAUUUAGCUAUUGACGAUAUUCGAUCUACGCUCGAGGAUAGCCUUCGCCCAGCUGAAGAGCCAAUCCAGUUGAUACCUCGAUCGGUAGAUGAGGCAUACGAUAAGAUCUUGAGUCGAGUGCCCUCCCGUCAGGUGAACAUUGUGAGAAAGAUCUUGCAAAUUAUUGUCACAGCACGGCGCCCUUUAACGACGGCGGAAAUGGCCAUGGCGCUUGGUAUAGCCGACUCUCCACACUCCCAGACUGCAGCAAAAGCUGGACUUGAAUCAUCGCAGAUAGGCAAAAAACUCCGCCGAUUGUGUGGCCUUUUCGUUUUCGUCAACAACUCCAAGGUUUUUUUGAUCCAUCAGACAGCAAAGGAAUUUCUCCUGAAGAAGAGCAAUUCUCCCAAUGUCGGUUACUUGUACUCUUGGACGCUAACAGACGCUGAGCAUCAAAUGGCUGUUAUUUGUUUACGAUACCUGUUGAUGGAGGAUCUGGAAGAUGAUGAUCAGGAUUCUUGCUCAAAGAUUCGAAGCUUCCUAGAUUACUCAGCAGUUUAUUGGCCGGAUCAUGUCCGGAAGAUAAGCUUGACUCAAGACUCCGAAACGACUGAUCAGCUUCACCAAGUGUACACUAUGACUCAACGACGAUUCUUGCUAUGGUUUGGUAUCUUUUGGAAAACCAUCGAUCCUAUGUUUGGCAACCCGCCGACAAUGUCUGCUUUACAUCUGGCAUCAUUUAACGGGCAUGAGCGGGAAGUCGAGUUUCUCUUGUCUCUUACGAGAGAUGAUAUCAACUCGAGAGAUAGCACAGGAGCCUACCCGGUUAUCUUGGCCUCAAUGAAUGGACACGAUCUGAUCGUGCAGUUACUACUCGAAAAAGGAGCCGACGUGAACGCCCAAGGUGGGUGGUACGGAAAUGCCCUCCAAGCUGCCUCCUGCGGAGGACACGAUCAGAUCGUGCAGUUACUACUCGAGAAAGGAGCCAACGUGAACGCCCAAGGUAGAGAGUACGGAAAUGCCCUCCAAGCUGCCUCCUUCGGAGGACACGAUCAGAUUAUACAGUCACUACUCGAGAAAGGAGCCGACGUGAACGCCCAAGGUGGGCUGUACGGAAAUGCCCUCCAAGCUGCCUCCUUCGGAGGACACGAUCAGAUCGUGCAGUUACUACUCGAAAAAGGAGCCGACGUUAACGCCCAAGGUAGAGAGUACGGAAAUGCCCUCCAAGCUGCCUCCUACAGGGGACACGAUCUGAUCGUGCAGUUACUACUCGAAAAAGGAGCCGACGUUAACGCCCAAGGUGGACACUUUGGGAAUGCCCUCCAAGCUGCCUCCUACAGGGGACACGAUCUGAUCGUGCAGUUACUACUCGAAAAAGGAGCCGACGUGAACGCCCAAGGUAGAGAGUACGGAAAUGCCCUCCAAGCUGCCUCCUACAGGGGACACGAUCAGAUUGUGCAGUUACUACUCGAGAAAGGAGCCGACGUGAACGCCCAAGGUGGGCGGUACGGAAAUGCCCUCCAAGCUGCCUCCUGCGGAGGACACGAUCAGAUUGUGCAGUUACUACUCGAGAAAGGAGCCGACUUGAACGCGAAGGUGGAAUGUGUUACGUGCCAAAAAGUUCGAAAUCAACUUGUGCAUUCAACGAAGGUCUAA